CAAAUCAGAUCACUUCCUUGUACACCGUACCGUUACCGAGCAGCAAGAGGGACGUUACACGGUCUCACAGUCGUAUGUCUCUCCCUCAAGACCUUAGUCCAACGCAUCCCAAUCAGAAUCUGGGAAACCCUUGUCGAAAUGGUUGUGGAUUUCAUGGCAACCCGGAAUGGAAUGGCUACUGUUCCAAGUGCUACAGAGAAUUGGUAGUUCAGGGCACUGACGCUGGUAUGAAGUCUCUGCGAGCUGGUAGUCCUAGAGGAGGGAGUGAUGGUAGGGGAAGAGCAGAAACUAUUGCCGUGGAUCGUCCGGCAUCUUUGCAGUUUUCUAAGUUUGAAUCAAAGAAGAAAACACAGGCAACGACUAAGAAAGCUAAAGUCUCGCAGUUCUUCAAGAGAAACUCAAAACCCACUGACGCGACUGAAGGAAGCAGUGAUGUCAGUGUCAAGGGUAGUAGUAGUGAAAGCACAAUGGUUUUACCUGAUUUCCAAGAUUUCCUGAAAAGUUUAAAGAAACCUGCAGCCCAAGACAUCAACUCUCAACUAAAAAGGUUUACCACCGAUAUUAUCAAUCAUUCGCCUCGACCAAUCAGUGACAAUCAGCAUGCAACAAGAAAAUUCUACUCCGAAAUGUUUCAGAGACUACAGCUAUCAACGCCAUUCAAAGGAAUGUCAGAAGACCAGCUAGACACUGCGAUGGAUCAUAUUGAGAAAUACAUAAUGACCAGACUUCAUGGACUGUUGUUCUGUCCGAAUGACACAGACGACGAGCAAAGAGACUGCACUCUUCAACUAACAAUGAGAAAGCUCCGAUGGCUAAAAGUGUCUCACUUAGGACUAGACGUCAAACUCGAAUCCUUGUCACACAACAUGAAACAAUCCGUAAAAGAUGCUCAGAAAGAACUGGUAGCAAUCGAUACCAAGCGGUCACCACAAGACAAGCUGAAGUCGGUCGUGAAAUGCAGCAAACAUAUUUUUGAGGUUCUCUAUGCAUGGAACAAUGGACCAGCUGGAGUCGAUCAGUACUUGCCGAUGCUCAUCUAUGUGAUCGUACAAGCCGUGCCGCCACGUCUUCAUUCGAAUAUAGAGUAUAUCCAGAGGUUUGCUAAUCCCGUCAGGUUGUCUUCCGGAGAGUCGAGCUACUACUUCACCAACCUGUGCGGUGCGGUGUCCUUCAUCAAAAGCAUCAGUGCAGAAGCUCUCCACAUGACGCAAGAUGAAUUUGAUGGGUAUUUGGCAAGCAAUGAGUUGCUAGACAGCCCGGAUGGAAGUUGUGAUGAGAUAAUGGAGACUGACAAUGAUCCGUUGACUGUGAUGAAGAUAGAGCUAGAGAAGUGUGGGCUGGAUCUACCAACUGAUGAGGAGUUGAUGCCGAGUGAUGAUGAUAUUUUGGUUCCUGAUGUUGAACAGUUUGAACCUUUGAGAAUUAUGAGGUCAAGCAAUCAGGCAAUGAUCGAAUUGAGUAAGAAACUUGAAGAACUACGUAAUCGUGCAUUAGCUCUUCAAGACGAAGUGGAAGCAUUUCGGCAAAGUCUUGCAGCAGAAGUAGCAAAGAUUUUGAAUUACAAGAAAGAGCCGAAUGAACAAAAACUUGAACAAAGUCCACAACCGAUCGCAACUCAAGUCUAAUGUAGCAUCAGUAUACAUGUAAAGUAGACAGAAACAUUAAGUUAACUAAUGAAAUAUUUUGGUAAACGACAGUGCAUAUAGAUCGUACAAAGAACUGAACUGUUUCUACAUAAAUCUUUGUGUACUUGUUACCUUAACAGGCUUGAUCAAUACUAAUAUGUCCUGGAGGGAUAGUUAUGUGCAAUGAACGUAUUUGUGUGAGAUGUGUCGGUGACCG